CACCCUUUAUUAGCUGAGUCCUUUUUUAUGCAGGGGGGAGAAUGCAAUGGAAAGGAAGGCUCUCUCUCUUCAUCCCCAUUUUUAAACCCUAUAUUCUCCCCCUUUUCUCCCCCUGCAACUCCUGACUGCAAACCCUAGAAUAUAGCUUCAAACCUUAGAAUAAUGGCUGAUAGGAUUCUGAGAAUGGGCCCUAUCCUUGCAUUUAUUUUGAGUACCUUAUUGCUUGUUGUGCCCCUUCAAGCUCAGUCCAUUUGCCCCAUAAUUUCCAUCACCGAUUUCAUUUUAAGGCGAUCAGAUAUAUGUUACACCCUUGAUUCCAUCUGCCCCAUAGCUUCCAGGGUGGAAGUUCCCACUGUUGCUGUGGUGAAUGAAAUUUCAUUGGAGAGGGCUUUGAACCUGAUCCAUAAGAACAGCGAGAAAUAUGUAGCUAUACUGUUCUAUGCGUCAUGGUGUCCUUUCUCCAAAAUCUGCAAGACCUCCUUCGCAAUCCUCCCUUCAUUAUUUCCCACCAUCCAUCAUUUUGCUGUUGAAGAAUCCACCAUUAAGCCAAGCUCCCUCUCAAAGUAUGGCGUUCGUGGUUUCCCCACCCUUUUCCUUCAGAAUGCUACAACCCGGGUGCGAUAUCGUGGCGCACGCAAUGUCAGGGCUUUUGCUAGGUUUUAUAAGAGUACUACAGGAAUCAAUCCUAUUUCUCCAAACUACUUUGAGCAAAAGCAAAUGGAGAGCUUAUUACUGAGCCUGUCAAGACUUGGGGAUGAUGAGGCCGAGCAUUGCCCAUUUUCAUGGGCAAGGUAUCCUGAGAAGCUAGUUAGGCAAGAGACAUAUCUUGCGCUUGCUUGUUCAUUCCUCCUUGUCAGGCUCCUGUACUUUGUAUCACCAACAUUGAUUGUGCAAGCCAGACGGUUAUGGAGGCAACGGUCAAAGCCCUAGAAAUGAUUUGAAAGCCUAGAAAUAUUUCAGCCUGAUGUUUGAGCGCUUUAGAACAUGGGGAUCUGUGAAGUUUGAGAUCUUAUGAAUAUCAAUUCAAACUUUAUUCUGAAGUUUAAGAACAUGGGUUCUACAACUUGUUAAUGACAUGCAUAUAUAGGGCACAACAGAAUCUCAUAUGGAGAGCUUCAUGCCACACAAAUCGCAUUGUUGGACCAAUCACAAGAUGAACUGCUGAAGGAAGCUGUGGGGUUUUUUUAUUCCUGCUGUUGCAAGCAAGGCUUGAAUUGAGCUUUGUUUGGGUGUCAAAUUAAUGAUGUAAUUGGUCGAUGCCUCUGUAAAAUGGUGGGGGCUUUGUUGGGUUUGUUGGAUAUAGGAGCAGGGUGUAUAGCAUUGCUCAAGGGGGGGUUAUGCAUCCAUAAUUCUUAUUAGUUGUUUACUCCCAACUUCUGCCCACUUGCUUUGGUUAACAUUAUGCUGAAGCUGAUGUUAAUUGUUUUUGUCUAUUCAAUAUUGGGGUUCACUGAUUUGGGCUCUCGCUCUCA